AUGACGGACGAUGAGGUACGCUCCUACCUCCGAUAUGAGAGCUACGUCAUGAACUGUUCGAUCUGUGACGAGACUGGCUCUCGCGACGCGUCCUUCAUGCCCGAAGAAUAUCAACACCAGCGGCGCCUCAUGGGGUCACUCGUCGGCACCCCAUUUGUGGGUCAGGACGACCGCGGGGACGAGGGCUGCUUCUUUUGCUUCUCUGAUCUAUCUUGCCGAACGCCAGGCGCUUUCCGUCUUAAGUUCACACUCAUUAUGAUAGAUCCUGCCCGCGCAGGCAUGGUGCGACACUUUCCACUACUGUCGGAGACAAUGAGCGAUGUCUUCCACGUCUACAGCGCCAAGGAGUUCCCUGGCAUGUUGCCGAGCAGCGACUUGGCCAAGAAGCUCAAGGAGCAAGGAUGCAUCAUCUCGAUCAAAAAGGGCAACGACAGAUCGAAGAAUGCCAGAGGCCAGGAUGAGCUAUCCGACAUGGAUGAGGAUGAGGGCGAGAGCUCACAGGGCAAUCGCAAACGGCGUACGGUUCGGGAAUAG